AACUUGUGUUUGCAGACAUGGAGGAGAGGUGAUUUGUGCUGAAGAUUGGUCUCACACGCAGAAGCGAAAGUCUCCGGAGGACGAAUACACAUCCACUUAUAGAAACUACUUUACAAACUGCGCUUUCUUCCACUUUGGGACGUUUUUUAGUGUUUGACUGAAGAAUUGGAACUUGUUUUGGACCGUGUAUUGACGUUUCAGUGAUUAUUCUACCACGAGCAAAUCUGCAGAACUCUUGCGAAGAAGUUCGGUCUCGGUUUGUGGCCACCGGGAAUAUCCUAUUCUUUCUUUCUUUUUUUUUUUUUUUUUUUUUUUUUUUUUUUUUGUUGUGGUCUGUCUCUUGCGAGUGUCGAUGAAUCUUGAUAGCAUCCCACAUUCUACUAUUCUUUCGACUUUGUUUAAAAUGGCAGAUGAUAAUGAACUUUUCGGGGCUUCAGAAUUUAUUAAAGAUCGAUUGUAUUUUGCAACCCUAAGGAACAAGCCAAAAAGCACAGUAAACACGCAUUAUCUCUGCACAGAUGACGAAUUUGUCUAUGAAAACUUUUAUGCAGACUUUGGACCCCUCAACUUGGCAAUGUUAUACAGAUACUGCUGUAAACUCAACAAGAAACUCAAAUCUUUUACGUUGUCCAGAAAGAGGAUUGUCCAUUACACUAGCUUCGACCAACGCAAAAGAGUGAACGCUGCAGUUUUAAUUGGUGCCUAUGCUGUUAUAUAUUUAAAGAAGACUCCAGAGGAAGCUUACAGAGCACUGGUCUCCGGAUCCAAUGCGUCGUAUCUGCCAUUCAGGGAUGCUUCCUUCGGAAAUUGCACGUACAACUUGACCCUUCUUGAUUGUUUACAAGGAGUCAGAAAGGCUCUGCAGCACGGCUUCUUUGAUUUUGAAACAUUUGAUGUGGAUGAAUAUGAGCAUUAUGAACGUGUAGAAAAUGGAGAUUUCAACUGGAUUGUACCAGGGAAGUUCUUGGCUUUUAGUGGACCUCACCCCAAAAGCAAAGUUGAACAUGGGUACCCCCUCCAUGCUCCUGAAGCCUACUUUCCCUACUUUCGAAAGCAUAAUGUCACCACCAUCAUCCGGCUGAACAAGAAGAUUUAUGAUGCCAGUCGUUUUACAGAUGCGGGGUUUGACCACUAUGACCUGUUCUUCAUUGAUGGGAGUACGCCCAGCGAUGUCAUCGUGAGAAGGUUUUUACACAUCUGUGAAAGUACAGAUGGUGCUAUUGCAGUACAUUGUAAAGCUGGCUUGGGGAGAACAGGGACAUUAAUAGCUUGCUAUCUAAUGAAGCACUACAAGUUCACAGCUGCAGAGACCAUUGCAUGGAUCAGGAUCUGUCGACCCGGGUCUGUCAUUGGACCACAGCAGCACUUUCUAGAGGAGAAACAAGCCAGCCUCUGCGUCCAGGGAGACAUCCACAGGUCUAAGCAGAAGCAGAGGCAGCUGGAUGCGGGCAGGGUCAACCACAUCAUCUCCAGCAUGGACGACAUCUCCAUCAGCGGGAGCCUUCACAAAACACAGAGCAUGGACCGGGUGCAAGAGAAUGAAUAUGCCGAGGACAGGGUUUCAAUGACCCAAGGAGACGAACUUCGUGCCUUAAAAAGUAGAAGACAACCCCGGUCAGCCACAACUGGUGCACUAAGGUUAGACGAGAUGAAGAUGCAUGCUCGGUCUCCCUCACAGCCCUUCAGACUCAAUACCUCCACGAGUGCCCUGGGUUCCCCGUCUCCUCUCAAGUCUUCGAAAGUCCCAGCCUCCAGCUCAGCCACCGCAAAGAGAAUAAGCAGAAGCACGACUGCACGGUCCAACCUGAAAAGCAUCUCCAUGAACUCCAGGCUAGCCAGUUCCCUAGGUAACAUCUAUGCUGCUGACGAUGACUCUGGGAGUAAGAUGACAGCGUCCACUUCCUCUUCUUCAUCACCAUCUUCCGCUACUAGGACAGGUUUCCCCGCUAGCCCUUCCAGUUAUUUAAAUGGCAGCUCCCAGCCGGCUCCUAGACAUUAUCACGAGCUGAACAACAACUAUUACAAUCGUUCCACCACCAGCAACUCCCACUCCAGCAGCACCAGCAAAAGUGGCCUCGACUACAAUGGCCAGCACCAUUACCCCUCCAGCAGGCAGCUAGACGAAUACGGAAACUACCGCUCCACAAACAUUGGCCUCAGUUCUCCUACAGCCCGAUACUUGAGUCGCUCGAUCCCUUCCCUUCAGUCUGAAUAUGUUCAAUACUAAAGCUUCUCUACUGCGCUGAAGUCAAAGCAAAUGACAUUCGAGAAGCAUAGUUGCCGGAUUCCUGCGACUUCAGAAAAGUAUUCCCCCAAUAUCGUUUUAUUCAACCCUUCCAAGAGAAUAAAAGGACUGCUCCACAUAUGGAUGAUUUUCCUUUCCAGCCUUGAGGGCGGAAAUGGCACUGAAUAAAACAGCUGCCAUACUUUGUGUAUUCCUGGUGUGCACAGGGUAGCCUUGAUAAGGCAGUACUGUCAUGGUUUGUGCAAUAGCAACAUCUUCAGCAAACCUGCAGUGUACAUCACAGUGCUGCUAUAAUCAACUGAGAGUGCAAACGUGACGUAAUGACUUUAUUUGAA